AUGAAACCGUCCGAGCAUUUGUUAGGAACUAUUGUGCAAUUGCGAAAAAGCUUGCAUGGCAACCUGUCGAAAAUAUGUGCCGCCACGCGCCCUGCAGCUGCCGCAACGGCGCCUGUGGCACAGCAAAUAACUUCAACCGAUACUAGACAGUUUCACGAUGUCGUCGGUGAUGUCCUAUGUCCCUCUGGCGUGCGUGGUAUUGAUCAUCUGAGAGAUCCCCGUUUAAAUAAGGGUCUCGCCUUCACACUGGAAGAACGUCAAGUCUUGGGUAUACAUGGCCUGCAACCUGCCCGUUUCAAGACACAAGAGGAACAGCUGGAGCUGUGUAAAAUCGCCGUCAGUCGUUAUUCAGAGCCACUGAAUAAAUAUCUGUACCUGGUCGACUUGCAAGACCGUAACGAGCGACUGUUCUAUCGUUUCCUGGCGGAGAAUAUUGAACAUCUCAUGCCCAUUGUUUACACACCGACCGUGGGUUUGGCGUGUCAACGUUUCGGUUUGAUUUAUCGCCGACCACGUGGUCUUUUCAUCUCCUUUAACGAUCGUGGCUACGUUUUUGAUGUCAUCAAAAAUUGGCCAGAGUCGGAUGUUCGCGCCGUUUGUGUCACCGACGGUGAACGUAUUCUAGGUCUGGGAGAUUUGGGUGCCAACGGCAUGGGUAUUUGUGUCGGAAAGCUGGCUCUUUACACCGCUUUAGCUGGCAUUAAACCGCAUCGUUGCUUGCCAAUCUUGAUUGACGUUGGAACAAAUAACAUAGACUUGCUGGAAGAUCCAUUAUACGUAGGCUUGAGACAGAAGCGUGUUGUUGGCAAAGAGUAUGAUGAUUUUUUGGAUGAAUUCAUGCAAGCUAUUGUCAAGCGCUAUGGCCAGAAUACACUAAUUCAAUUUGAAGACUUCGGCAAUCACAAUGCAUUUAGAUUCCUUGAUAGAUAUCGUAACAGUUAUUGCACCUUCAACGAUGACAUUCAGGGUACAGCAGCUGUUGCUAUGGGUGGCAUAUAUGCAUCUACUCGCGUAACUGGUAAGCCUAUAUCAGACUAUACGUUCCUAUUCGCUGGUGCAGGCGAGGCAGCUGUUGGCAUCGCAGAUCUUGUGGUGAAAGCAUUGAUUGCAGAAGGUGUACCCCCGGAUGCUGCCAGAGAUAAGAUAUGGAUGGUUGAUAUUAACGGUCUUCUAACAACAACUCGUAAUGAGGGUUCCCUGUCGGCGCAUCAGCAAAAUUAUGCCAAAAAUGUUGAACCAAUGAAGAAUUUACAAGAAAUUGUGGAGAAAGUGAAACCAAAUGUGCUUAUUGGUGCAUCAGCAGCUGCUGGCAUUUUUACGCCAGAAAUUUUACGCUUUAUGGCUGCACAUAACGAGCGCCCAGUCGUGUUCGCGCUUUCCAAUCCAACCCAUAAGGCUGAAUGCACAGCGGACCAGGCCUACAAAAAUACUGAAGGUCGCGUCGUUUUCUCGUCAGGUUCACCAUUCCCACCGGUCGAAAUGAAUGGCAAGACUUUCUAUCCCGGACAGGGCAACAAUGCGUAUAUCUUUCCAGGUAUAGCGUUGGGUGUGAUUACGACUGGCACUCAUCAUAUAUCCGAUGAUAUGUUCCUUAUCGCCGCACGGGAAUUGGCUAAUUUUGUUGAACAAAGUGAUUUGGAUCGCGGUUCACUCUACCCACCAUUGAAUGCUGUGCGUGAGGUGUCGAUGCGCAUUGCCGAGGGUGUAACCAAGUGUGCUUAUGACAAAGGCUUAGCCUCCACUUACCCGGAACCAGAGGAUAAGCGCAAGUGGCUGUUGGAUCAGCUAUACAACUAUAACUAUGAGUCCUCGAUGCCGGUGACGUGGCCUUGGCCCAGAAUGCCAUAUGUGAAAACUCGCCCAUUGGAGCCAACAAUUCUCUUCAGUGACUCAAAGUAAGCUGGAGAUACCUGGAAAAAUUAAAAGCUUUUCACCCAAUCCGGUUGACCAAGAAAAGAAAAAGCGUUAACAUUAAAGAAAUCGUUAAAUUGUUAUAUGGCUGCCGUACUCCAACUAUAAAAAUUUCACAUUAGGAUGUUACUCACAAACGUGUACAUGUAUAGUAUUGCAUCUUUAGUCAAACACACACCACCUAAAUAUCCUCAUUUGACCCGUUAACAACGUAGAGGCCAAAAACAUAUAAACUUUAACCCGAAGCAGAAGUAUGUAAAUGCCGCCAGCUAAAAUCGUACGAAAUAUGUAUUACUACAUUUGUAGUUACAUACCUACAAAUAUAUCCUUAUGUUGAUAUGUGUGAUUACAAUUGUAUUGUAUUGUAUUGUAUUGUAUUGUAUUGCUACAAACAUAAAUCAUUGUUUAGUUUAAUUUAUAAUAACACAGCUUUACUACCUUGUAAUGCAGAUUUAGUUUAACUUAAUUUAAUAAACAACCAAUAAAAACGCAAGUUUAAAUAUUUAUCAUGUCAAUAUCAAAGACAAGUUCACGAAAAUACGUUGAAAAAAUAAAUUAAAAUUCAAUUUAAAAA